CUGUAUUCUUGCAGAGUCAAAAUUGAAGCAUGAAAGCAUACAGCAAAAGAAGAAGAAGAAGCAGAAGAAAGCUUAUCAUCGGCUGUACUUCCUCGGAACAUUCAUUCGCUGCUGAAUUAAUUGCCAACAAUUCAGAUCUCCUAACAGAGAUCCUAAUCCGAGUCCCAGCAAAAUCCCUAAUCAGAUUCAAGUCGGUCUCAAAGCAAUGGCUCUCUCUCAUCUCCGACUCCCAAUUCGCCUCCGACCACGCUCGCCGAAAUCACCAUUCCUCCGUCUCAGCCUUAUAUUUCUACUCAAACCGUUGGUCUCUCGAUGAACAACCCCAGUCUGUAUCAAUUGCUGGACACCGAACUCUUCUUCCCACACUCUCCUUUCUCGAUGGUGUCGUUGUAUCAAGUUGUACAAUUAGGAUUGAACGCUCUUGCAAUGGUUUAAUCUUGUGCUCUAAUGGUUUCAGAAAACCCCCAUAUAUUGUUUGUAAUCUCACCACAAAGAAAUUCUCACUUCUUCCUGAUAUUGGUCCCACUUCAUCUGAAUCGUAUCGUAAAAAUGCUGGUGCUUUCUUGGCUUUUGAUCCUUCGAAAUCGCCUCACUAUAAAGUUUUAUUGUUUAGUUACAGCAAUGUUAAUGAUGGACACUGGGUUGAAAUUGAAAUUUACAGUUCGCAGACUUCGUCUUGGAAACAUAUUUCUGUGCCUGAACCGCGAGGUGUGCGAUUCAUGUUCAGCGUGUUUUGGAACAGAGCAAUUCAUGGUAUAAGCUAUGCGAAUGUUCAUGCUCGAUUUGAGGUUGAGGAAGAGAAAUUGAUACAAACCCCAAUGCCUCGAAACCCUAAAAUCCAUUCUUAUGAUAAGAUUAGGUAUUUUGGAGAAUGUGGUGGCGAUUUGCUUCUUAUUCAGACUCCUCAGCAUUGUGCUAUGGGAUUCAGAAUCCUUCAGAUGCGCAGGGAUUACUGCGAGUGGAUUGUGAAGUACCGGGUCAAUCUUAGACCCAUUUUAUCUGUAUUUCCUAAGACAGAACGCAAAACCAUAGUCACAUGCUCUGAGUUUAAUGUGCUCUGUGUCGUGAAAGGAGCGAAUGAAAAAGAUUUUACACUGGUGUUAGCUAUCCGGGGCAAAGUUAUUUCUUAUAAUGUCAAGUCCAAGACAUUGAAGGAGCCUCAUGAUUUAUCAACAGAUGAUCUUGAUGAUUGGGGAGCAACUUGGUGUAAUACUACUUAUCAAUUCAUUGAAAGCCUAUCACCUGUUUGAUCAUUGUCCUACAUGUUUCUACUUCUUUCUUCAGCAGAUGGGAAAAAUGACCAACAGUAAAGGAACACUAGUUAUUGGCUACAAUUCGUCGGAACAUACACCGGCAACAGAAUUAAUUGGCAGCAAUGUAGAUAUUCUAACAGAGAUCCUUACCUGUGUGCCAGCAAAGUUUGUCAUCAGAUUCAAGUGCGUGUCUAAGGAUUGGUUCUCCCUAAUCUCCAAUUCACCAUUUUCUCGCAACCACUCUAACCGAUAUCCCAGUGCCUUGUUCUCAGGACUAUUCAUCAACCCUGUUACAUCAUUUGACGAUGAAAAAGUCAAGUCUGUCUCACUUCACGGCCAACACCAAAGUCUUCCGACUUCGUCACUUCUUGAUGGUGUUGGAUUUGGGUCUGGUACAUUUAGGAUUGAAGACUCUUGCAAAGGCUUACUAUUAUGCUUGAAUGGCCCAACGUGUUUCAUUGUUUGUAACCCGACCACCUAGAAAUACACAGUACUUCCCUAUCAUGGUGGCACUACGACAUCUUCUAUACCAUUUCAUAACAAAGUUUGGUGUUUUCUUGAGUUCUAUGUUUGGUGGUUAUUUGGCUUUUGAUCCUUCAAAAUCGCCUCACUACAUUGUUGUAUUGGUAAGUUACAUUAGGAAUAGUGAUGGCUGCUUUUACUUAAUUGACAUAUACUCUUCGGAGAGCACUUCUUGGACGCACAUGCGUGCUGCUGCACCACCAGGUUACCCUUUCGCAAAAAAGGUAUUUUGGAAUGGUUCAAUUCAUUGGAUGAGUUACGAUAACGUUUACAUUCGAUUUGAUGUUGAUGCUGAGAAGCCAAUGGGAACUCGAAUGCCUUCAAACCCUAAAAUUCGCUCCGAAGAGAGAAUUUGGUAUUUUGGAGAAUGCUGUGGCCAUUUACUUCUUGUUCAGUGCUGUGAUAUGGGAUUCAGAAUUCUUGAGAUGGAGAGGAACUACUGUUAUUGGAUUGAGAAGUACCAGGUCAAUCCAUAAUAUCUCUUUUUCCUGAGAUAAAGAGAAGCAGACACAUGUGUGACCCGCCCAUCAUUAGGAAAAUUGCUGUGCUAUGUGUUGUGAAGGGAGCAAAUGAAAAAGAUUUUACGUUGGUGUUAUCUAUUCCUGGCAAAAUUGUUUCCUAUAAUCUGAAGUGCAAGACAGUGAAGGUGCUCUGCGCUUACCGAACUGGCUUUUAUGAAUGUCCUGGUUACAAGCACAUUUCUUGUGCGUAUGCUUUUAAGUAUGUUUAUGAAUUCUAUGAAAGCCUGUCCAUUGGAACAGAUCAGAUGUGCCUUUUUUAAGCUUGUUCUUGUCCUAAAGCUUUUGCAAUUCUCAAUUUUUAUUUUAUUUAUUUAUUUAAUUUUUUUUUUAAAGAAUUCUACAAUGUUUAAGCUAUGCUCUUCAUGUACUUCUUCCUUGUGAAUGUUAGUGAUGCUCUCUCAUUUGGGGA